CGUAUGCGGCCAGAAGUGAGAAGUGAGAACAGCAGCUCCAGGCUGCGGUGCACUUUGUCCUCCAGCUCGGGGGUCCCGAUGAGGGCGAGGACAGUGGCGGCUGUGGAUACAAGAAGGAGCUGAGCAUGGAGAGGACACCGAACGAGGGCAAAGCCAACCCGCUGCAGAAUGCCAACUUCUGCUCCAAACUCUUCUUCUGUUGGCUCAAUUCGUUGUUUAUUGUUGGUCACAAAAAAAAACUUGAAGAAGAUGACAUGUACAAAGUACUCCCAGAAGACACCUCAGAGAGACUUGGAGAGGAGCUUCAGCGGUACUGGGAGUCAGAAUUACAAGCAGCUCAAAAAGAUGGUCGCGUGCCACGCCUAACAAGGGCUAUUAUACGCUGUUACUGGAAAUCCUACUCUGUCCUAGGAUUCUUUACUUUCAUCGAGGAAAGUGUCAAAGUGAUCCAACCGAUUUUUCUGGGAAAUGUUAUAACUUACUUUGAGAAGUAUGACCAUAGCGAUGCUGCCCUGGCUAGUGCCUACAUAAACGCUGCUGCAUUGUCUGUCUGUACCUUACUCUUGGCAGUCUUUCAUCAUAUUUAUUUUUAUUAUGUUCUUCGAGCUGGCAUGAAGCUUCGUGUGGCAAUGUGCCACAUGAUUUAUAAAAAGGCUCUUCGCCUCAGUAAUACAGCUAUGGGACAAACAACUACUGGUCAGAUUGUAAAUCUCUUGUCAAAUGAUGUCAAUAAGUUUGAUCAGGUUACUAUAUUUUUGCAUUUUCUAUGGGCUGGACCAUUGCAGGCCAUUGCAGUGACUGUGCUUCUUUGGAUAGAGAUUGGUCCAUCGUGUCUGGCAGGAAUGGCAGUACUCUUUAUCCUUAUGCCCUUGCAAACCAUUCUUGGAAAAUUCUUCACAUCAUUGAGGGGUAAGACGGCAACCUUCAGUGACACUAGGAUUCGAACCAUGAAUGAAGUGAUAGCUGGAAUGAGAAUUAUUAAGAUGUAUGCGUGGGAGCAGUCAUUUACAGAGCUGGUCAAUGAGAUCAGGAAGAAUGAAAUAGCCAAGGUCCUUCAAAGUUCUUAUCUGCGUGCAACUAACUUGGCAUCAUUCUUUGUUGCAAGCAAGAUCAUUGUGUUUGUGACUUUUACCACGUAUGUUCUCCUUGGCAAUGAUAUCUCUGCCAGUAAAGUGUUUGUUGCCGUGUCCCUUUAUAGUGCGGUGAGACUCACUGUCACUCUCUUCUUCCCCUCCGCUAUUGAGAGGGUAUCUGAGGCCAAGGUCAGCAUAAGGCGGAUAAAGAACUUUUUAUUACUUGAUGAAGUUUCAAAACUGGCAGUAGAAGAGCCAGAAAAAAAUGAGGACAAUCUCCUGGUGCAAAUUCAAGAUCUGACUUGUUAUUGGGACACGACACUGGAAAUGCCAACUCUCCAAAACCUCUCCUGUAGUGUGAGACCUGGGGAAUUGCUGGCUGUAAUUGGACCAGUUGGGGCAGGAAAAUCAUCCCUUCUGAGUGCCAUCCUGGGUGAGCUGCCAAAAUAUAAAGGCUUUGUGGACAUCAGAGGAAGAAUUGCGUAUGUGUCACAGCAGCCAUGGGUGUUUUCAGGCACUGUCAGAAGUAACAUAUUAUUUGGGAAAGAAUACAACCAAGAGAAAUAUGAGCGAGUCCUGAGGGUAUGCGCGCUGAAGAAGGACAUGCUGCAAUUAGAGGAUGGGGACAUGACUAUGAUCGGAGAUCGUGGGGUUACGUUAAGUGGAGGACAGAAAGCUCGUGUUAACUUGGCAAGGGCUGUGUAUCAGGAUGCAGAUAUUUAUUUGCUGGAUGAUCCUUUGAGUGCUGUGGAUGCUGAGGUUGGAAGACAUUUGUUUGAAAAGUGCAUCGGUCAGGCACUACGCAAAAAGUUAUGCAUUUUGGUGACCCAUCAACUGCAGUAUCUGAGUGCAGCUAAGCAAAUUCUCAUCCUGAAAGAGGGUCAAAUGGUAGGAAAGGGAACAUUUUCAGAGCUUCUACAGUCUGGUGUCGAUUUUGCUUCUUUACUGAAAAGUGGAGAUGAGGAGCAGUCCCCAACCCAAGAUGGGCCCCUAGUAAAGAAGUCAGCCAGGAACCGAACCUUCUCAGAGUCAUCCGUCUGGUCUCAAGACUCCUCUGUCCAUUCACAGAAAGAGGGGGUUACAGAUGCUCUACCAACAGAGCCUGUUCUGACUGCAGUUCAGGAGGAGAGUCGCUCAGAGGGAACUGUUGGCUUCAAGGUGUACAAGAAAUACUUCCUUUCUGGAUCCAGCUACUUCAUAAUUUUUUUACUUUUCCUGCUGAACAUCUUAGCACAGGUUUCAUAUGUUUUGCAAGACUGGUGGCUUUCUUACUGGGCAAAUGCGCAGGAAAAACUGAAUAUUACUACUGGGGCCAAUAGCAGUGACCCACAACCUGAGAAAUUAGAUCUCAACUUAUAUCUUGGAGUUUAUGCUGGUCUGACGGUGGCUACUAUCGUGUUUGGUUUUCUGCGCAGUUUACUAGUGUUUCACGUCCUCGUUUCUGCUGCCCAGGCAUUGCACAACCAAAUGUUCCGCUCUCUCUUGCAAGCACCAGUGUUGUUUUUUGACAGGAACCCAAUUGGAAGGAUUCUCAAUCGGUUUUCCAAAGAUAUUGGUCACCUGGAUGACUUGCUACCUUUUACAUUUUUGGACUUCAUGCAGGUGUUUCUCCAGAUUUUAGGUGUAAUUGCUGUAGCAGUUGCCGUUAUUCCCUGGAUUUUAAUUCCUUUGCUCCCUCUUGUGAUCGUUUUCUAUUUCCUAAGAAAGUAUUUUCUGGAAACUUCCCGAGACAUCAAACGACUUGAGUCCACAACUCGAAGUCCAGUGUUCUCCCACCUAUCAACUUCCCUCCAGGGACUUUGGACAAUACGGGCAUUUAAAGCAGAAGAGCGUUUCCAGCAGUCAUUUGAUGAAAAACAAGAUCUCCAUUCUGAAUCCUGGUUUUUGUUCCUGACCACCUCCCGUUGGCUUGCAGUGCGCCUGGAUGCCAUAUGUGCUCUGUUUGUAAUAGCCAUUGCUUUUGGGUCCUUAAUCCUCUCAAAAACUCUUGAUGCAGGACAGGUUGGCUUGGCGCUCUCUUAUGCCAUUACUAUCAUGGGAUCUUUCCAGUGGGGAGUAAGGCAAAGUGCUGAAGUUGAAAAUCUGAUGAUAUCUGUGGAGAGAGUCAUGGAGUACACUCAACUUGAAAAAGAAGCCGCAUGGGAGUCUAAAAAACGUCCACCACCAGACUGGCCAAAUAAAGGCAUGAUAGCCUUUGAAAACGUCAACUUUGCUUACAGCUUAGAUGGACCGCUGGUUCUAAGACAUUUAACUGCCCUAAUCCGACCAAAGGAAAAGGUUGGAAUAGUUGGAAGAACUGGAGCUGGAAAGAGUUCCCUCAUUGCUGCUCUAUUCCGUCUUGCUGAACCUGAAGGAAAAAUUUGGAUUGAUAGAGUUUUGACGUCAGACUUAGGCCUACAUGAUUUGAGGAAAAACAUGUCCAUUAUACCCCAGGAGCCAGUAUUAUUCACUGGGACAAUGAGGAAAAACCUUGAUCCUUUUGACAAGCACACUGAUGAUGAGCUGUGGAAUGUUCUAGAAGAGGUUCAGCUGAAAGAAGCCAUUGAAGAAUUACCUGGGAAAAUGGAGACUCAAUUGGCUGAAUCCGGAUCCAAUUUUAGUGUUGGCCAAAGACAACUAGUGUGCCUUGCCCGAGCAAUUUUGAGAAAGAAUCGAAUAUUGAUUAUAGAUGAGGCAACAGCAAAUGUAGACCCAAGAACGGAUGAGCUGAUUCAAAAGACAAUUCGAGAUAAGUUUGCUAAUUGUACAGUCCUGACAAUUGCGCACCGACUGAACACCAUUAUCGACAGUGAUAAAAUCAUGGUGCUUGAUUCGGGAAGAGUAAAAGAAUAUGAUGAACCCUUCAACUUACUGCAAAAUAAAGAAAGUCUUUUUUACAAAAUGGUCCAACAAGUGGGAAAAACAGAAGCAUCGUCUUUGGCAGAGACUGCCAAACAGGUCUAUCUGAACAAAAUCCAAGAAGCCAACAGGCCACCUUCUUCCAGAGACCCAUCCGAACCAUUUAUUAUUUUUGAAACUGCUCUUUGACACUAUUUGUGCAGGUGUUUUAUUUUUUAUUUUUUUGUACUUUCACCAAGUAGCCUUCUGGCAGCCUGUGUGCUGUGCCAGGUCUCUGCGUCAGUCCUCGGGCUGCCUCUUAAAGUGCCAGUAGUUUUCUUGCAUUCGUAUCUGUGGUUAAGUAUUCCUAUCUGAAAUUAUUAGAUUGUGAGGUAUAGUUGACAUUGUGAUACCGUAACAGGAGAGUAUCACUACUUGGCUCAUGACCUCCUCUUAAUAUAAGGGGAGCGUGUGUGUUCAUGGUGUCAGCAGAAGGCGUACAGUACGCCACGGCUUUUGUUUUCCUUUAAUUGUACUUGGCAGAGCUUUCAUCCGCCCAUGAUCAUCAGUGGUGUAGCCAAGUUUGUCCUUAGCUGCUGUAUGCAGUGCCAGCCAUUCACUUAGAAAUGGAAGGGUUCACCAUACUAAAUUCCAGAUCAGAGUUCCUUCUGUGUAGCAGAGGACGGGGCAUUUAGGCAGAAAACAUAAUGAAGCACAAUCCAAAUGAACAGAGGAGUUAGGCGUUUCAAUGUAAACACUCCUUUUAAGUUGCACUGUCCAUGCAGCCAGUAAUGUUUAUGAACAUUUAGUAAUAACUAACUUGACAUUAGAAACUAUUUGCCUUGUAAUAGAUUCAGUUAGGGCGGGUGCACUGAUACACAGCCUUCACCAAAGCAAGCACAAGUGUCCAUUCAGGUAUCCACAGGAGUGAAUGUAGGGUUCCUCUUGUAAUUCCUACUACUUCCCCAAGUGCAAGCAUCCGUGUCAAUAUUCCCAGGGCAUUGUCUUGAGCGUGCCUUGAACUCUCUUCUGGAAACAGACCAUGUUAAUGUUUACACUGAUGUUCGUAUUAUGACUGCUAUUGUCUUUGUAAUAGUGACAUAUAAUACUGUACGUCCAUCACUCUGCAAAUGGGAUGUGAAGUGCCAGCUAGCAAACAUGUUUCCAUCAUAAUCUCUUCACUUUCAUGCUUUUAAGCAACAAUCAGUUAAAUAGUAUUAAUGCAAUUAGUAUUCAUGGUUCUUAGAGUCUCCUUCAUUAGUGCCAAUUUCUAUUCAUAAUAGUCUGCAAUUAAGAUACGCACUCAAAUGUGGGCAUUUAAAUCGAUGUCAGUCAUUUAUUCCUCCUUCUGCAUAUCCAUGUUUAGCCGUUGUCUCCAUUUGUUGCACACCACAAUACUUACAUGUUGACUUCUUUGAUUGCAGAAAAAAAUGUUUUAUUUUCUCUUGUGUUUCUAAUUUAUGAUUUAACUAAAGGGAUACCCAUUCUUUUGUCGGUUGUCUAACCAGUCUCUUUUCAUUAUACAAGAGCUAUACCUAAUUUAUUUCAGUUGUAUGUGUACAGUUUCUAAGUAUAGUAGAUCUUGUCACAUCUAACAGUACAUCACAAUUGUACAUAAAAAAAAUAAAAAUGGAUUUGGAAAAAAAAUGAGCCUGAGGAUCUUGGUACACAUUUUGCACUAACUAUGCUAACUUACCUUGCCACAUUACGACAACCCGACAGUGAAUAAUGCAGCUAUGCAGCAGUAGGGGUGGACUGACCAUAGAGUUAGACCUUACGGGGAAAUCUCCUGGUGGGUUGAUACCCAGAGGGCCAUCCAAGCUCUCUUCGCAGCCACUGGUCAGCUACAUAAUCAUCUGAUGCUCUCAGCAUUAAUUAAGGUUAGGAGCAUCAGGCACUUAUGCACCUGGCCAGUGGCUGCAGGUGCUAUCCUGAAUUCAAAAGUAUAGCUGUCCAUAGGAUGGUGAUACAGCUGAAUACUGCAGCGAGGGUGGCAGUAUUUUGUACUACACUGUGGUAGUUCUGCUGGGGCAGUAUUUUGUGCUGCACUGUGGUAUUGCUUGGUCCUUCCUUCUUGGGUUGCCCCCCUUCCAAUAUGGGGUCACUUUAACUUCCUGGUCCGCCCCUGUGCAGCAGCCUCAGUUGAAGCAGCUCAAACACACCACUGCCACAGUCAACUUCACAGUUCUUUGGGUUCAUGUGUAAAUUUACUGUACUUGUCUUGGGGGAUUGAACAUACACUGUACUAAAAUAAAAAAUGUAUCCAGUAAA